GUCUUUUGCUACGUACUACCAAGUCAUCAAGUACAACCCAUCUAUAUCAACUUCCAACUUCACCUCCAUACUACUACAUUCUACUAGCAACCAUGGCCGUCACAGACAUCACCUCCCAACUCCCAGAAAAAGAAGGAGAUACAUACACUAAAGCCCUAACCCUCAACCACCUCUGGGCCGCAAAAACCACCCUCCAAAACCCCUCCCUAUUCCCUACCCUCGCGCGCGCCCAACACCCCCAAAUCCUCUGGAUAGGAUGUUCCGAUUCACGGUGUCCUGAGACAACCCUCCUCGAUCUAAACCCAGGCGACGUCUUCGUGCAUCGCAAUAUCGCCAAUGUGGUGAAUAGCCAGGAUGUCAAUUGCGCUGCGGUGGUGGAGUAUGCGGUGUGUCAUUUACGGGUCAAGCAUGUGGUUGUUUGUGGACAUACGUGUUGCGGGGGCGUUGGGGCUGCCCUUGCUAGUUCUUCUUCCCAGGAGGGGAAGGGGGAUGAGAGUGUACUGGAUGCGUGGUUGAGGCCGGUGAAGAGGGUUAGGGAUAGGUUUGCGAGUGAGUUGGGAGGUAUAGAUGGGGAGUAUGCGAGGGGGGUUAGGUUGGUGGAGUUGAAUGUGUUGGAGGGGGUGAGGGUGCUGAAGGGGAUGGGGGUUGUGAGGGAGGCGGUGGAGAGGGGGGAGGUGCAGGUUCAUGGGGUAGUUUAUGAUGUGGGUUGUGGGGUGGUGAGGGAGUUGGAGGUUGAAUAGAGUAGAGUGGUUUGUGAGUGGGUGGAUGUUAAGUUGUACUAUAUUGUAGAUUAUUGAGUGGUUGGGUAGAUCUCAUGGUUUCAUUAGAAGUUUAGUGGGAGAAGUAAGAACAAUUCCAAGAUACUAGCAGGUUCUGAUGAUAGCAUGAUAAAGCCAAUGUAGUGCCUGGCGAUUGUGUG